GGGAGGCGGGGCCGGGACCAACCCGCUGCCAGCGCCCCCGCCCCUCGGACCCGGCUCCGGGAGUGGGGCGCCCCGCGCGGGGACACGCAACGGCCAGGGCGCCGAGGCGGUACCUUUAGCCGAGCAAUGAAGAGAGCCCGGGAGAACCCACCGGAGCCGACCGAGACGUUUCCUGCGCCCGGGGUGGCCGCUGCCGCCGCGGCUGCUUGAAACUCCCCAAAGUUGAGAGCCAGCGAGAGGUUGCCGCCCGCCGGGAGCAGGAGGGAAAGAAACUCGGGAGAUGCAGGAGUGACGGACCGAGACAGACGGACUCGCAGACCUUCCGAAGACACCACCGUCGGCGGCCUAUCGCCAGAGCCAGUGAGGCUUUUCAGCUCUGUUCACUGGUGGGAGGCUGAGCUGGUGGAAAGGCGCCAGGAGGAGACUUGGAGGCGACCAUAAUGUCUUUACGUUUACACACGCUGCCCACCCUGCCUGGAGUUGUGAGACCGGGCUGCAGGGAGCUGCUGUGUUUGUUGGUGAUCACGGUGACCGUGAGCCGCGGCGCCUCCGGGGUGUGCCCCACCGCCUGCAUCUGUGCCACGGACAUCGUGAGCUGCACCAACAAAAACCUGUCCAAGGUGCCCGGGAACCUUUUCAGACUGAUUAAGAGGCUGGAUCUGAGCUAUAACAGGAUCGGGCUUCUGGAUGCUGAGUGGAUUCCAGUAUCAUUUGUUAAGCUGAACACCCUAAUUAUUCGUCAUAACAACAUCACCAGCAUUGGCACAGGCAGUUUCUCCACAACUCCAAAUUUGAAUUGUCUUGACUUAUCCUCCAAUAAGCUGAAGACGGUGAAAAGUGCAGUGUUCCAAGAGUUGAAGGUUCUGGAAGUGCUCCUGCUUUACAACAAUCACAUUUCCUAUCUCGAUCCUUCAGCUUUUGGAGGGCUCUCCCAGUUGCAAAAACUCUACUUAAGUGGAAACUUUCUUACCCAGUUUCCCAUGGAUUUGUAUGUUGGAAGGUUCAAGCUGGCAGAACUGAUGUUUCUAGAUGUUUCUUAUAACCGAAUCCCCUCCCUGCCAAUGCACCAUAUUAAUUUAGUACCAGGAAAACAGCUGAGAGGCAUCUACCUUCAUGGAAACCCAUUUGUCUGUGACUGUUCCCUUUAUUCGUUGCUGAUCUUUUGGUAUCGCAGGCACUUUAGCUCAGUGAUGGAUUUUAAGAACGAUUAUACCUGUCGCCUGUGGUCUGACUCUAAGCACUCCCAUCAGGUGCUUCUGCUCCAGGAUAGCUUUCUGAAUUGCUCGGACAGCAUCAUCAAUGGCUCCUUCCGUGCACUUGGCUUUAUUCAUGAGGCUCAAGUUGGGGAAAGGCUGAUUGUCCCCUGUGACAGCAAGACUGGCAAUGCAAAUACCGAUUUCAUUUGGGUCAGUCCGGAUAACAGACUGCUGGAGCCCGAUAAAGAGCUGGAAAACUUUCACGUGUUUCACAAUGGAAGUCUGGUUAUAGAAAGUCCUCGUUUUGAGGACGCUGGAGUGUAUUCCUGUAUUGCCAUGAACAGGCAGCGCCUGUUAAAUGAGACCGUGGAUGUCACAAUCAACGUGAGCAAUUUCACCGUAAACAGAUCCCACGCCCAUGAGGCAUUUAACACAGCUUUCACCACCCUCGCAGCCUGCGUGGCCAGUAUCGUUUUGGUACUUUUGUACCUCUAUCUGACGCCGUGUCCCUGCAAGUGUAAACCCAAGAGACAAAAAAAUACUCUCAACCAAAGCAAUGCCCAUGCGUCUAUUCUCAAUGCUGGCCCUGCUAGCGACACCCCCGCUGACGAACGGAAGGCAGGUGCUGCCAAAAGAGUGGUGUUUUUGGAACCCCUGAAGGAUCCCACUGCAGGGCAGAAUGGGAAAGUCAGGCUCUUUCCCAGUGAACCGGUCAUAGCCGAGGGCAUCCUGAAGUCCACGAGGGUGAAAUCCGACUCCGAUUCGGUCAAUUCCGUGUUUUCAGACACACCCUUUGUGGCGUCCACUUAAUUUUGUGCCUGUCUCCAUAUGCUGUAGUAAUUUAAUUACUCCAUACUUAACUUUCUGUGCAGUCUGCAAAAUAAACAGCAGGACAGAAAUGGUGUUGUUUUGUGUUUUGAAAUGCAACCAAAUGGCCUCUUUAACUGUUACGAGGAAAUGUAGUAAGGUGCACUUUGGUUCCUCAAUUUGCCAGAGAAAGAUGGGGUUGUUUUCCAACUUUUAAGUCCUAGAUAACAGUCUCUUAGACUUUAGCGCCACUGAUAAUUUCGAAGCUGGUCUGGAGGUGACCUUGUCUUUUUUGCUCAGGAUUCUUGAAAGAAAAAUUAAAUUUCAUGUAUUGGUGUUCCUUAAAAAGAGACUUUACUAACUUCUUAGGACCAAAGUUAUUUUAAAGAAAAGCAUCAGUGUCCUAUUUCAUUUUUUAAAAGAUGUAGAAGGAAGAACCAAAAGGCACUUAUAAAGCACAAAGUAAGUUUAGAUUUGGGAAUAAUUCAGCUAAUUUCAUCAUUUGAGACCGCAGUAAACAGACUACACUGAUAAAAUUUGCUGGAUAAUGCCACAUCCCAAAUGGUGUUAGAUAAAUACUGCAAUAAAGGUACAUUUGUUUGACUGUCUUUUUUCCAUUCUGUACAUUUCUUAUCCUUGCACAAAAGAUCUUAUUGAAAGUUGAACGUUAUCAUCAUUUGUUGCCAUUAAUAUGUAGGUGUUGAUACCAAAAUGUCUGAGUAACUUCUUAACCCUUUGUUCUCGCUGACUAAUAUUUGUUCAUAUGCUUGUGUAUAUGUAAAUCCCCAAAUUAUAUGAACUGUUAAAUAGAUCCUACUGUAUUGUGCUUUGGACAUUUGAAUUAAUGUAAAUAUAUGUAUUCUGUGACUUGAUGUUCUGUUUUAUUUGGCUACUUAAAAACAUAAAUCUAAGAUGUU